AUGAAAUGCCCAAAGAAUCUCGUGUAUUUCUAUGUUUGGCUUGGACUGAGCAUUUUCAUUGUUCGUAGCGCAUGUGGAGACGUGAGCUAUUCCAUUCCGGAGGAGCUCAAACGAGGAUCAGUACUCGGAAAUGUUGCCAAAGAUAUUGGACUGGAUUUGAAGCGGUUGUCUUCUCGCAAAGCUCGAAUCAUAACAGAAGGUAACAGUAGAGGUUACAUUGACAUUCAUUUAAAAACUGGAGAGCUAACAGUGGCUGAUCGAAUAGACAGAGAGGAGAUGUGCUCUGAAAAGCUAUCCUGUGUGCUUAGCGUUGAGCUCAUGUUGGAGAAUCCACUGGAACUGCAUCGCAUUUUAGUUGAAAUAAAGGACAUAAAUGAUAACCCUCCUGUAUUUCCCAACGAGGUUAUUAAAUUGGAUAUCAGAGAAAGUGCCGUUAAAGGAGCAGUUUUCCCUCUAGACGACGCGCACGAUGCAGAUAUAGGGCAACAUGCCGUGCAGAAUUACGCACUAGAGAACAAUAACCAUUUCGUGUUGGCUGUCCGUACAAAUGAUGACGGGGGGAAAUACGGUGAGCUGAUUUUAGACAAAGAGCUGGAUCGAGAACAAGAAGAAGAGGUUAGGUUAGUUUUGAAGGCGAUUGAUGGUGGGGAUCCAGUGAGAUCGAGUACUGUAGCCAUACACAUAACUGUACUGGACGCUAACGAUAAUGCCCCAGUCUUCAGUCAGGGUGUGUACAAAGCCUCUCUUCCUGAGAACUCCUCUCCAGACACAGUGGUACUGAAAGUAAGCGCCACGGAUGCCGAUGAUGGGGCAAAUGGAGAGGUUACAUAUGAAUUUAGUCGCGUAUCUGAAAAAGCUAGGAAAUUAUUUGCCCUAAAUCAGAAAACUGGAGAGAUACGAGUGAUAGGGACAGUGGACUACGAGGAGGAAGCUAAAUAUGAAAUGCGCAUUCAGGGCAAAGAUGGUAAUGGGCUCAAAUCAGAUACAAAAGUAUCUAUAGAAAUCAUUGAUGUGAAUGACAAUGCUCCUUUAAUAUCUGUAAACUCGUUAAAUAACCCGGUGUCAGAGAAUGCACCACCGGGCACGGAGGUGGGCAUCAUAAAUGUCCAGGACAGAGACUCUGACAGUAACCGGCAGAUUCGCUGCACCAUUCAGCAGGGCGUGCCAUUCAAACUCGUGCCAUCCAUUAAAAACUACUUUUCUCUGUUGACCACAGGCGAGCUAGACCGUGAAUUAAUAACUGAUUACAAUAUCACCAUAACAGCCACUGACGAGGGCUCUCCACCUCUCUCCUCCUCCAAAGUAGUACAGCUGUCUGUUGCUGAUGUGAACGAUAACCCCCCUGUAUUUAGUAAGCAGUCUUACAUCGCACAUGUGACAGAAAAUAACAGCCAGGGAUCCUCUGUGGCCUCAGUAACGGCAUCAGAUCCUGACUGGAGGCAGAACGGCACUGUGAUUUAUUCUCUCUUGCCCGGAGAGGUGAAUGGCUUUCCCGUGUCAGCAUUGUUGUCCAUAAACGGAGACACCGGUGUUAUCCACGCCGUCAGGUCUUUUGAUUAUGAGCAAUUUAAAGAUUUCAAAGUUAAGGUGUUAGCCAGAGAUAACGGGUCUCCUCCUUUAAGCAGUAAUGUGACUGUGAGCAUCCAUGUUGUCGAUGUGAACGAUAAUUCUCCUCAGAUACUUUACCCAUCACCUGAUGGCAGCUCUGUUAUGACCGAGUUAGUGCCCAGAGCAGCACCUGCGGCUUCCCUUGUGUCCAAAGUUAUCGCAGUGGACGCAGACUCUGGCCAGAACGCAUGGCUUUCAUACAGUAUAAUCAAAGCCACAGACCCUGGACUUUUCACCAUCGGUGUCCACAGUGGGGAGAUCAGGACGCAGAGAGACAUUUCAGAAUCAGAUGCCAUAAAACAGGAUCUUACUGUGGCAGUGAAAGAUAACGGACAGCCUUCUCUAAGUGUGACUUGCACCAUGUACUUGGUCAUCUCUGAUAACUUGGCUGACAUUCCUGAACUGAAAGACAGGAGUCAUGAGGACAGCAGUUCUAAACUCACCACAUAUUUGAUCAUUGCACUGGUGUCUGUGUCCACUUUUUUCCUCACUUUCAUGAUCAUCGCACUGGCUGUGAGGUUUUGCCAUCGGAGGAAGCCCAGACUCCUAUUCGAUGGAGCAGUAGCCAUUCCCAGCGCCUACAUGCCUCCAAAUUACGCAGACGUGGAUGGCACUAUGACGCUGCGAAGCGGGUACAAUUAUGACGCAUACCUCACCACCGGGUCGCGCACAAGUGACUUUAAAUUUGUCCAAUCUUACAAGGAUGGGACUCUGCUGGCCGACCGCACUCUGUCCAAGUCCUGCACUGCGGAUGAACCUUUCAUUGUUCAAACGGUGUAUGGAGACGUAAGCUACUCGAUUCCGGAGGAGCUCAAACGCGGAUCCGUCAUCGGAAAUGUUGCCAAAGAUAUUGGAUUGGACUUGAAAAGAUUGUCUAGUCGCAAGGCGCGCAUCGAUAGCGAAGGUAAUACUAGAACAUUUGUUGACAUUAACCUGCGAACAGGAGAACUUAUAGUGGCUGAUCGAAUAGAUAGAGAGGAGCUGUGCUCUGAAAAGCUAUCCUGUGUGCUUAACGUCGAGCUAAUGCUGGAAAAUCCCUUAGAACUGCAUCGCAUUUUAAUUGAUAUAAAGGACAUAAAUGACAAUUCUCCCAUAUUUGCUAGGGAGGUCAUCAAAUUAGAAAUCGGGGAACAUGCCAUUAAGGGCGCUGCUUUCCGUGUUGACGUAGCCAAUGAUGCAGACAUAGGACAGAAUUCAGUACAGACAUACGCAUUAGAGAAGAAUGAACAUUUCCUGCUUGCUGUUCGCACAAAGAAUGACGGUGGAAAAUACAGCGAGUUAGUUUUGGACAGAGAAUUAGACCAUGAGGAAGAGGAUGAGCUGACAUUAGUCCUAACAGCUAUCGAUGGAGGUACACCACCGCGAUCAGGUUCUGUUACCAUACAUAUUACUGUCCUUGACGCCAACGACAAUGCACCGGUUUUUACGCAGGAGGUGUACACAGCCUCUCUGCCUGAAAACUCCCCUACGGAUACCGUGGUGACCAAAGUCAGCGCCACUGAUGCAGAUGCAGGGGAAAAUGGAGAGGUUACAUAUGAAUUUAGUCGCAUAUCUGAAAAAGCAAGCAAGUUAUUCGCCCUGAAUGAAAUAAGCGGUGAGAUACGAGUGAUGGGGCCGGUGGAUUUCGAGGAUGAAUCUAAAUAUGAAAUUCACGUUCAGGGCAAAGAUGGAACAGGGCUUACAUCAGAUACAAAAAUAUCGAUAGAAAUCAUUGAUGUGAAUGACAACGCUCCCGUUAUUUAUCUAAAAUCCUUAAAUAACCCGGUGCUAGAGAAUGCGCCACCGGGCACGGAGGUGGGCAUCAUAAAUGUCCAGGACAGAGACUCUGACAGUAACCGGCAGAUUCGCUGCACCAUUCAGCAGGGCGUGCCAUUCAAACUCGUGCCAUCCAUUAAAAACUACUUUUCUCUGUUGACCACAGGCGAGUUAGACCGUGAAUUAAUAACUGAUUACAAUAUCACCAUAACAGCCACUGACGAGGGCUCUCCACCUCUCUCCUCCUCCAAAGUAGUGCAGCUGUCUGUUGCUGAUGUGAACGAUAACCCGCCUGUAUUUAGUAAGCAGACUUACUCCCUGCAUGUGACAGAAAAUAACAGCCAGGGAUCCUCUGUGGCCUCAGUAACGGCAACAGAUCCUGACUGGAGGCAGAACGGCACUGUGAUUUAUUCUCUCCUGCCCGGAGAGGUGAACGGCUUUCCCGUGACAGCAUUGCUGUCCAUAAACGGAGACACCGGUGUUAUCCACGUCGUCAGGUCUUUUGAUUAUGAGCAGUUUAAAGAAUUCAAAGUUAAAGUGUUAGCCAGAGAUAACGGGUCACCUCCUUUAAGCAGUAAUGUGACAGUGAGCAUCCAUGUUGUCGAUGUGAACGAUAAUUCUCCUCAGAUACUUUACCCAUCACCUGAUGGCAGCUCUGUUAUGACCGAGUUAGUGCCCAGAGCAGCGCCUGCCGCUUCCCUUGUGUCCAAAGUUAUCGCAGUGGACGCAGACUCUGGCCAGAACGCAUGGCUUUCAUACAGCAUAAUCAAAGCUACAGACCCUGGACUUUUCACCAUCGGCGUCCACAGUGGAGAGAUCAGGACUCAGAGAGACAUUUCAGAAUCAGAUGCCAUAAAACAGGAUCUUAUUGUGUCAGUGAAAGAUAACGGACAGCCUUCCCUUAGUGUGACUUGCACUAUGUACUUGGUCAUCUCUGAUAACUUGGCUGACAUUCCUGAACUGAAAGACUGGAGUCACGAGGACAUCAGUUCUAAACUCACUACAUACUUGAUCAUUGCACUGGUGUCUGUGUCCACGUUUUUCCUCACCUUCAUGAUCAUCGCACUGGCUGUGAGGUUUUGCCACCGGAGGAAGCCCAGACUGCUAUUCGAUGGAGCAGUGGCCAUUCCCAGCGCCUACCUGCCUCCAAAUUACGCAGACGUGGAUGGCACUAUGACGCUGCGAAGCGGGUACAAUUAUGACGCGUACCUCACCACCGGGUCGCGCACAAGUGACUUUAAAUUUGUUCAGUCUUACAACGAUGGGACUCUGCUGGCCGACCGCACUCUGUCCAAGUCCUGCACUGCUGAUGAGCCGUUCGGACCCUGUGACGAACCAGAAACUCUGCCACAGUGGUCCAUGAAAGGGAUGGCCAUGGAAAUACUACAAGUCGUCUUCUUUAUCUCCAUGGCGCAUGGUGUGUGCGGAGACAUAAGCUAUUCCAUUCCGGAGGAAAUGAAGAGGGGAUCCGUCAUUGGAACUAUCGCUAAAGAUCUUGGACUUGAUGUGAAGACUUUAUCUGCCCGCAAGGCACGCAUAGACAGGGAAGGUAAUCGUAAACAGUAUUGUGAUGUUAAUCUGAGAACAGGGGAGUUAACAGUGUCUGACCGAAUGGAUAGAGAGGAGCUAUGCGCAGAAAAGGUUUCGUGUGUGCUUGCCGUCGACAUAAUGCUAGAAAGCCCCCUAGAACUGCAUCGUGUUACUAUACUCAUUCAGGAUAUAAACGACAACCCUCCAGUGUUUCCAAAAGAUGUUUUUACAUUGGAAAUAAGUGAGAAUGCGAUUAAAGGUGCCAUUUUUCACGUUGACGAGGCGCAUGAUGCAGACAUAGGGCAUAAUGCUGUUCAGAGCUACUAUUUAGGAACGAAUGGCUAUUUUGUACUUGCUGUUAGGACAAAACAUGAUGGCGUAAAAUACGCAGAGUUGGUCCUCGAUAAAGAACUGGAUCGCGAACAACAGGAAGAGGUGAAAUUGAUUCUUACUGCAGUCGAUGGUGGAAGUCCAGCGAAAACUAGCUCCGUAGCUAUCCAUGUCACCGUGCUAGAUGCUAAUGACAAUGCCCCGGUGUUCAGCCAGGAGCACUACACAGCAUCCUUGCCGGAGAAUACUCCAGCAGACACUACAGUCUUAACAGUCACUGCAGUGGAUGCAGACAUUGGGGCAAAUGGAGAAGUUAACUACGAAUUUACGCGCAUUUCUGAGAAAGCAAGAAAAGCGUUUUCACUGAAUGAAAAGACUGGAGAGAUUAGGGUGAUCGGACCAAUAGAUUAUGAGGAAGAAUCAAGAUAUGAAAUACGCAUCAAGGCAAAGGACGGGUAUGGUCUGGCAUCCGAUAGUAAAGUCACUAUAGAAAUCACAGAUAUAAAUGACAACGCCCCUGUCAUAUUCCUCAAAUCGUUAAAUGACCCAGUACCUGAAAACGCCCCACCGCACACAGAGGUGGGCAUUAUUAACGUGCAAGACAGCGAUUCGGGGAAUAAUCGACUAGUCCGGUGCUCUGUCCAGCAAAACGUCCCAUUUAAACUGGUUCCCUCUGUGAAAAACUAUUUCGCACUAGUCACAACAGGGGAGCUGAACCGUGAACUUAUUAACAGUUACAAUAUUACAAUAACAGCAAUAGAUGAGGGAUCCCCACCUCUGUCCUCUUCCAAAACUAUACAUCUAUCUGUCGCAGAUGUGAAUGACAAUCCGCCUGUAUUUCAGGAAAAGGCUUACAGUGCCCAUGUGACAGAAAAUAACAAACAGGGUUUCACUGUAUGUUCAGUGUCUGCAAUUGAUCCAGAUUGGAGACAGAACGGAACUGUAAUUUAUUCUCUCCUACCGGGGUUAGUGAAUGGUCUGCCGGUGUCAUCGUUGCUGUCAAUUAAUGGAGACACCGGUGUUAUCCACGCCGUCAGGUCUUUCGAUUUUGAGCAGUUUAAGGACUUUAAAGUCCACGUUUUAGCCCGUGAUAAUGGAUCACCGCCCCUAAGCACAAACGCCACUGUUAGUGUUUUCAUAACGGAUAUGAAUGACAACUCUCCCCAGAUAUUAUACCCAUCCCCAGGGGACAACUCCUUAAUGACAGAGUUAGUGCCGAGAGCUGCGCCUGCGGCUUCCCUUGUGUCCAAAGUUAUCUCAGUAGACGCAGACUCUGGCCAGAACGCAUGGCUUUCAUACAGUAUCAUCAAAGCCACAGACCCUGGACUUUUUACCAUCGGUGUCCACAGUGGAGAGAUCAGGACGCAGAGAGACAUUUCAGAAUCGGAUGCCAUAAAACAGGAUCUUAUUGUGGCAGUGAAAGAUAACGGACAUCCUUCUCUUAGUGUGACUUGCACCAUGUACUUGGUCAUCUCUGAUAACUUGGCUGACAUUCCUGAACUGAAAGACAGGAGUCAUGAGGACAGCAGUUCUAAACUCACCACAUACUUGAUCAUUGCACUGGUGUCUGUGUCUACGUUUUUCCUCACCUUCAUGAUCAUUGCACUGGCUGUGAGGUUUUGCCAUCGGAGGAAGCCCAGACUGCUAUUCGAUGGAGCAGUGGCCAUUCCCAGCGCCUACCUGCCUCCAAAUUACGCAGACGUGGAUGGCACUAUGACGCUGCGAAGCGGGUACAACUAUGACGCAUACCUCACCACUGGGUCGCGCACAAGUGACUUUAAAUUCGUCCAAUCAUACAACGAUGGGACUCUACUGGCUGACCGCACUCUGUCCAAGUCCUGCACUGCUGAUGAGCCGUUUGGACCCUGUGACGAACCAGAAACUCUGCCACAGGCAUCAUUAAGCCAGCAGGGGUCCUCGGCUUCAAGGGACAACUCCUUAAUGACCGAGUUAGUGCCCAGAGCUGUGCCUGCGGCCUCCCUUGUGUCCAAAGCCAUCGCAGUGGACGCAGACUCUGGCCAGAACGCAUGGCUUUCAUACAGUAUAAUCAAAGCCACAGACCCUGGACUUUUCACCAUCGGCGUCCACAGUGGAGAAAUCAGGACGCAGAGAGACAUUUCAGAAUCAGAUGCCAUAAAACAGGAUCUUAUUGUGGCAGUGAAAGAUAACGGACAGCCUUCACUAAGUGUGACUUGCACCAUGUACUUGGUCAUCUCUGAUAACUUGGCUGACAUUCCUGAACUCAAAGACAGGAGUCAUGAGGACAGCAGUUCUAAACUCACCACAUAUUUGAUCAUUGCACUGGUGUCUGUGUCCACGUUUUUCCUCACUUUCAUGAUCAUCGCAUUGGCUGUGAGGUUUUGCCACCGGAGGAAGCCCAGACUGCUAUUCGAUGGAGCAGUGGCCAUUCCCAGCGCCUACCUGCCUCCAAAUUACGCAGACGUGGAUGGCACUAUGACGCUGCGAAGCGGGUACAAUUAUGACGCAUACCUCACCACCGGGUCGCGCACAAGUGACUUUAAAUUUGUCCAGUCUUACAACGAUGGGACUCUACUGGCUGACCGCACUCUGUCCAAGUCCUGCACUGCUGAUGAGCCGUUUGGACCCUGUGACGAACCAGAAACUCUGCCACAGUUGCAAGUGUGGACAUAA